UUCUCGUUGUCGGUGCGACCAUGACGACCAGAUACAAUGGCAGUGUAGCAACGAUGGUGGUUCAGUCUCGCAACCACGACUCUCCAUUAGACAUCAGUGUUGAUAAUGACUAUCCUUUUCAAAUCCAUGGCUCCCUGCACGAUCCAGAAGUGAUUCAAACCGGAACAUCUACGGAGCGUCCCAGGAGAGGAGCACAGUCUGCACAACCUCAAUCAUCCAAAACAAUUGAUGUCUUCAAAAUGAAAACUGCAUUCGCAAAGCCACCUUCAUUCCGGUCAUUUCGCCCCACAUGUAUACAUACGAAAUUUUUGAACCAAAUCAAAUGCGAGAGCGGUGGAAGCGGAUUGGAAGCGGACGAUAUAAUCCAAGAGCCUCUUGCUCCCCGGCACGCUGCUCUACAAGAAGGACUCUUCUUUCCGUCACCUGUAUCGGUUGUCGAAGAAGAUGUUUCUAGCAACGAUUUUUUUGGUUGAAAAAGCUGGCUGAUUCAUUGCGUCGUUGCGGAUCCAUUGGGAGGAAUGUCAACGAAUUGCAAUGCGGGGUACUGUCCGUAAGGCGCCUUUCUUUCGGCCACUUAGUGUGUUGACUUGAUUAUAACGAAAACCUACUAGCUACGCGAGAUCCUGCUGU